UAAAAAUGUAAGGAACAAGAGCUGUUGCAGUAGCUUCAAUUUCCUUGUCAAACAACUUCCCCAUCAUCCAAUAUUAAGCAAGCAAAAGCAAUGCCCAACUUUUCCUUUUUCUUUUUCUUUUUCUUCAAGGACUUGUUUGUGCAGUGAGAGCUACCGUUUUAGGGUUGUUGGUGGAUGAUUUGUUGAGUACUCUCCUCUCCUAAUUUAACUUCACUUGCUCUAUACGUACACUCUCGACCCAAUUCUCGUAAUAUAUAUAUUUUUAUUCUUCUGUAUAUUUCAAAUUACGAAAAUUUCGAUUUCGUUUUCUACCCUCUCAUGCAUUUCAAUCCUCAGUCCUGAGAAAAAAACUGGAUCAAACUUAAAGAGACGUUAUGCCUUUCGGUUUAGUUUCGGCAUGGAACAAGCGUCGGCGGUCGAAGUCCCACGACCUUACAGACCCUUGGAUUUAUAAACCGGUGGAGUACUGGCAGCUCGAGGAUCAAACCCCCCAACCGACGAAAAGACACCAUCAUGGCUCGUCAAUUUUCACACUCAAAGAAAUGGAAGAGGCAACGUGUUCCUUCAGUGAAGAAAAUCUGCUCGGAAAAGGAGGAUUUGGGCGUGUAUACCGGGGAACUUUGCGGUCAGGAGAGGUUGUAGCCAUCAAGAAAAUGGAGCUGCCUCCUUUCAAAGCAGCUGAGGGAGAACGAGAAUUUCGGGUGGAAGUAGAUAUCUUGAGCAGACUUGAACACCCAAAUCUGGUUUCUUUGAUCGGCUAUUGUGCUGACGGGAAGCAACGGUUUCUGGUGUAUGAAUAUAUGCAGAAAGGGAACCUGCAAGAUCACUUAAAUGGGAUCGGGGAAGCGAAAAUGGAUUGGCCUCGACGGCUCAAGGUGGCACUUGGAGCAGCAAGGGGACUAGCGUAUCUGCAUUCUAGUUCUGCUGUCGGGAUUCCUAUUGUUCACAGAGAUUUCAAAUCCACCAAUAUUCUUUUAAGCGACGACUUUGAAGCAAAGAUAUCGGAUUUUGGACUCGCCAAGAUGAUGCCGGAGGGCAAGGAAAUAUACGUGACUGCUAGAGUGCUCGGAACAUUCGGCUAUUUUGAUCCCGAGUAUACAUCGACUGGAAAACUCACUUUACAAAGUGAUGUUUAUGCAUUUGGAGUGGUUCUUCUUGAACUUCUGACUGGACGUCAAGCCGUUGACAUUACCCUGGGACCAAACGAUCAAAACCUAGUGCUACAGGUAAGACACAUAUUGAACGACAGGAAGAAACUGCGUAAGGUGAUAGAUUCUGAGCUGAGUCGAAGUUCAUACACCAUGGAAUCUAUAGCUAUGUUUGCAAACCUGGCAUCAAGAUGUGUGCGUCCGGAGAGCAGUGAGAGACCCUCCAUGGCAGAAUGUGUGAAAGAGCUCCAGUUGAGUAUCUAUACAAAUGCGAAAGGCUUGGGAGUGGCCGUGGCUCCUAACAAACACAUGUUCUAAUUGCAGGAUGAAGAUAAGGUACAACAUAAUCAAAAUCCUUUACUUCUGCUAAUAAAAGAAUUGUUGAAUCUUCAAAGCUUGGUGACCUAUGAUCUCAAAAACAAGACCCACGAAGAGAAUUUGAUAAGGAUUGAGAAAUACAGAAUGCAGUUGAGUAGAUAUAUUAGACAGAAUUCAUCACAAAACAAUCAAAUUGAAGUUGGUUUUCGUGUACAAGAUCAAGAAAGCCUACGAUGUAAAUUAAUAAUGAAUGAGAUUCCAAUCUAAGAGGGGAUCAUUUUCUUGUAUCACUAUGUUUUGGAAACUUUGUAACCUUUCGUAAAUUAUGUAUUGUAAACUCAGAGUAUAUGUAAUUUGUACUUUA